GGCCGCGGUGCCCGAGACAUCCUCCAGAGCCGCUGGAUCUCAGGGAGUCUCGAUCUACAUUCUCGCCCGAUGUGAUCCUCGUCCUGGCUUCGUCUUGCUCAGGUGCCUUCGAUCCUCCGUCGACGACGCGGCUUCGGGCCCCGUCCCCCCGUCCCGGUGAUCGGGCCCGUCCUGGCGGCCGCCGACGCGGCUGCGCACGAUGCUCCUUCCUUCACCGGUCGGGGCGGCGGUGGAGCUGGCCGUGGCCGCCCUCGACGCCCUGAGUGCGGUCGGCGCGCCCGCGGGGCGUGGCACGGCUAGGCUCUGGCAGGUCCAGGGGGCCAAGCUGCAGCCGCUGGCGCGGGCGGGGGGGGCCGCCGGGGCCCGGCGGGUGGCCGCCGCGGCGAAGCUGGUGGCGGCCGCCGCUCCGCGGGCGAGGCACACCGUGAAGACCGCCGUGAAGCGGAAGGUGAGGGACAACCUGCGGCGCGGCGCCCUGAAGGUCGGCGCGUCGUCCGUGUGCUCGCUCGCGGAGGUGGCGCUGCAGCGGCGGUCCCGCAGCUCGCUCCCGGCCGCGACCGCGUCGGGGACCUUCGCCGCGCUGGGCAGCGCCGAGGAGCAGCUGCACGGUUCGCAUGUGGCCCCCUACACCUCUGCGCCCUCGUGUACGCCCCGUGCGGGGAGCGCCGGGGCGCGCUCGCCGUGCUGGACGGCGAGCGCGGCCCGCCUGGCGCGGAGCCGGCGCCCCCCUGCGUGCGGUGGUACGCCUACGUGGGCGGCGACGCGCGGCGCGGCUUCUGGCACUGCCGCGGGCCCGCGGGCGGCCACCUGGUCCUCGCGGAGCGCGGCACCGUGGCCGGCGACGUGGGAGACCUGCGGCAGGACGCGUGCCUGGCGCUCGGCUCCGGCCUGGCGGCCGUCUCGGCGCGCGCCAGGGCCGCCCGGGAGGCGCUCAAGGCGCAGGCGGCGUGCCACGAGUGCAGCAGGGUCACGGUGUGCGGGCACUCCCUGGGCGGCACGGUGGCCGCCUUCCUGGCCUGCUCCGGGCCGCGGGGCGGCCCGCGCGUCCACGGCGCGCACGCCUUCAGCCCCGGCGGCACGCUGGACGGACCUGACGCGGUCGCUGGCGUGCGCGCUCGCGCCCGCGGACAUCGCCGUGCACCGCGUGGCGGGCGACCCGAUCUCGGCCGCGUUCUUGCCGCACGCGCAGCGGGUCUACGCCAAGCGCCGCGGCUGCGAGGGCGGCGAGGAGGAAAAAGGAGGCAGGCUCGCGGAGGCGACGGGCCCCCUGGAGACGAGCUCCUCGAGUCCGUCGAGCUCGCAGGGUGCACCUCGGCACCAGCGCCGCCAUGCAGCAGUCAGUAGCUAGUCGAAUUCACUUGCCAAUUCGGCACACGGCGCAACGCGAUGCCCUCUGGCCGUCCCCUGGGGCAGAAAGGCCGCCGCUUCCUCCGGGCGCUGUGGUGCGGG